GGGAGGGACGGCGUGAGACCGAGAGAGAGACCAGAUCCCACUGACAGCACCACAGUGUGCGUGUGUGUGCGUGUGUGUGUGUGUGUGUGUGUGUGUGUGUGUGGAAGGAACGCGCUUGCUCUGGUUCCGGAUCCAUCGUCUCCAGCUCGUGUGCGCUCGAGCAUGAGUCCCCGGGCCGCGUCCCUGGAUUAAUCGGACCGGCAAAGAGCGCAAGUUCGCUCCCACGUCCCCGAGGACCACUUGUCCAAAGGAAGAGCAGAGAACCCACCACCACCACCUCCACCACCACCUGCACCACCUGCACCACCACCACCGCCACCGCGCAGCGAUGGAGCGGUCCAUCCCGGGGUGGUGCGCGCUGCUGCUGCUGCUGCCGCUGCCGCUGAGCCUCGUCCUGCCCGGGGGAGCGCGCUGCGCGGCGGCCAAGGAGCUCCAGUGCCAGGAGAUCUCCGUGCCGCUGUGCAAGGGCAUCGGCUACAACUACACGUACAUGCCCAACCAGUUCAACCACGACACGCAGGACGAGGCCGGCCUGGAGGUGCACCAGUUCUGGCCGCUGGUGGAGAUCAAGUGCUCCGCGGACCUGCGCUUCUUCCUCUGCAGCAUGUACACGCCGAUCUGCCUGGAGGACUACAAGAAGCCGCUGCCGCCGUGCCGGAGCGUGUGCGAGCGGGCCAGGGCCGGCUGCGCGCCGCUCAUGCGGCAGUACGGCUUCCCGUGGCCGGACCGGAUGCGCUGCGACCUGCUGCCCGAGCAGGGCGACCAGGACACGCUGUGCAUGGACUACAACCGGAGCCAGACCACCACCGCGUCCCCGGCGGUGGCGGCGAAGCCGACCAACCGGCCCCUGAAGCCGUUCAGCCCCAGGAAGAAGAGCGGCUACGGCCGCGGCGGCGGCGGCAUCCCCGGCAAGCACAAGCCGGCGGCUGCGCCCUGCGAGCCGGGCUGCUUCUGCCGCGCGCCCAUGGUGCCGGUGACCGGCGACGGCCACCCGCUGCGCAACCGCGUCAAGACGGGGCAGAUCCUGAACUGCGCCAUGCCGUGCCACAACCCCUACUUCACCGCGGAGGAGAGGACGUUCACCGCCUUCUGGAUCGGCCUGUGGUCCAUCCUGUGCUUCGUCUCCACGUUCGCCACCGUGGCCACUUUCCUCAUCGACAUGGAGCGGUUCAAGUACCCGGAGCGGCCCAUCAUCUUCCUCUCCGCCUGCUACAUGUUCGUGUCGGUGGGCUACAUCGUGCGGCUGAUCGCCGGACACGAGGAGGUCGCCUGCAGCCGGGAGAACGGCGCCGAGCACAUCCACUACGAGACCACGGGUCCCGCGCUCUGCACCAUCGUCUUCCUGCUCAUCUACUUCUUCGGCAUGGCCAGCUCCAUCUGGUGGGUGAUCCUGUCCCUCACCUGGUUCCUCGCCGCCGGCAUGAAGUGGGGCAACGAGGCGAUCGCCAGUUACGCGCAGUACUUCCACCUGGCCGCCUGGCUCAUCCCCAGCAUGAAGUCGAUCGCGGUGCUGGCGCUGAGCUCCGUGGACGGGGACUCCGUGGCCGGCAUCUGCUACGUGGGCAACCAGAACUUGGACAACCUGCGCGGCUUCGUGCUGGCGCCGCUCGUCAUCUACCUGUUCAUCGGCACCAUGUUCCUGCUGGCCGGCUUCGUGUCGCUGUUCCGCAUCAGGAGCGUAAUCAAGCAGGGCGGCACGAAGACCGACAAGCUGGAGCGGCUGAUGAUCCGCAUCGGGGUGUUCACCGUCCUGUACACGGUGCCGGCCACCGUCAUCGUGGCGUGCUACUUCUACGAGCAGCACAACCAGCAGAAGUGGGAGAUUACGCACAACUGCGCCUGCGGAGCGGACCCGAGCGCGCAGCAGCACCAGCAGCAGCAGCACCAGCAGCAGCAGCGGCAGCAGAAGCCGGACUACGCCGUGUUCAUGCUCAAGUACUUCAUGUGCCUGCUGGUGGGCAUCACCUCGGGCGCAUGGGUCUGGUCCGGCAAGACGCUGGAGUCGUGGCGGACGUUUUGCACGCGCUGCUGCUGGGGCAGCAAGGCCUCCGCGGGCUCCAUGUACAGCGACGUGAGCACGGGGCUGACGUGGAGGUCCGGCACGGCGAGCUCCGUCUCCUGCCCCAAACAGAUGCCCCUGUCCCGGGUGUAGACCGCCGCGCGCAAUCGGACACACGUUUUACAGGAACUUUGGAAACAAGCAGCGAAUGUCGGCUCUUUUGGCGCAAAGACUUUAUUGGAGAAGACUUUUAUCUGUUAAAUUAUUACAAGUGGAGUCACCGUACUGGCCAGGUUAGG